AGAACCACGAAUUGCAGAUCACGAGGGUUGUGCAAAACAUAGUUGGCAUGAUGUAUUGAGCUAUGCAAACUCAUUUCCUUCCUCCGGCGCACUCCGCUAUCAAGAGUCAUGGAGAAGAUGCUUGUGAACAUAAAGAAAUGGGUAGAAGAAAACAGAGCUGCCUUCUUGCCUCCAGUAUGCAAUAAGCUCAUGCACCACUAUCAGCUCAAUGUAAUGUUUGUUGGUGGGCCAAACCAAAGGAAGGAUUAUCAUAUUGAAGAAGGAGAAGAGUUGUUCUACCAACUGGAAGGAGAUAUGUGCCUGAAGAUAAUAGAGAAUGGAAAACACAAGGAUAUCUACAUUAAAGAAGGAGAGAUGUUCCUCUUGCCAGCCAGGAUACCACAUUCCCCUCAGAGAUUCGCAAACACUGUGGGAUUGGUUAUUGAGAGAAAAAGAUUAAAGACUGAAACCGAUGGACUCAGGUACUAUGUUGGAGAAUCAACCAACGUCCUUUUUGAGAGAUGGUUUUACUGUGAAGACCUUGGCACACAACUUAUCCCAAUAAUCCAAGAGUUUUUCAGCUCAAGGCAGUAUCAGACUGGAAAACCCAAUCCAGAUGAACUUUUGAAAGAAAUGCCUUUCCCGUUAAACGAAGCCAAGAUCAUGGAUCCUUUUUCCUUUCAAGGCUGGCUGAACGAUCAUCGUGAAGAGAUAGAUCAAAAGAAAUCCUUCAGACUUUUUGGAGACAGCUCUGAAACUGAGGUUAUAAUUUUUGGACCAGGAAUAACCAAAGAGGGAGGAAAGAACGCAGAUAUAUGGCUAUGGCAGCUGGAAGGCACAUCUGUUGUUACUGCUGACAGUAAUACCCUGUUUCUAGCAAAUGGAGACAGCCUUCUCAUCCCAGAACAGACUGCGUUUCAGUGGAAGAGAGCUGAAGGAUCCAUUGCUCUUUCCGUUAUUCAGGAUCCUGCACGGAAAAGACCCUACACCUGAGUUGCUGGCAAGGCUGAUUAAUAAAAGUCUGAUAAAAUGUU